GUUGUUACACGUCAAACGAAACGACGAUUUCCAAUAAAAUGUUCUCUAAAUUAUUAAUUUAACUCAUUAAAUAAAAUAAAUAAAGCUUGUAAAUAGUACUUUAAAUAUUUCGGAGGACACUCAUAUGCUUGUGGAAAGUUUAAACAUCGCUACGUCCGCUAAAUGAAUUAGACUAGUGAACCUUAUCAGACAAAAUGGGUGGUUUAUUUAGUUACUUCAGAGGGUUGCUAGGGGCACGAGAAAUGCGUAUUUUGAUCCUCGGAUUAGACGGCGCCGGGAAAACGACAAUCCUAUACAAAUUGCAAGUGGGUGAGGUGGUCACUACCAUUCCCACCAUCGGGUUUAAUGUAGAACAGGUCACGUACAAAAACCUCAAGUUCCAAGUAUGGGAUCUCGGAGGACAGACCAGUAUUAGGCCCUACUGGCGAUGUUACUAUGGCAACACAGAUGCUAUAAUUUAUGUUGUAGACUCUGCAGACAGAGAUAGAAUAGGGAUAUCAAAAGACGAAUUGGUUCAUAUGUUAAGAGAAGAAGAACUAGCUAAUGCAAUACUAGUGGUGUUAGCGAAUAAGCAAGACAUGGCGGGCUGCCUGACCGUGGCGGAGGUGCACCAAGCGCUGGGGCUGGACGCGCUGCGCGACCGCACGUUCCAGAUCUUCAAGACGUCGGCCGUGCGCGGCGAGGGGCUCGACCAGGCCAUGGACUGGCUGUCCAGCGCGCUGCAGGCCAGGAAAUAACGAAUAAUUACCCAUGAGCUACAAAAUACGGGAUGCGGGAAGGAGAUAGCAGCCAGCGGCCCAAGGCGCGGGAGAGAGAUAGUAAUACCAUAGUCACCUGUAACUACGCUAUUGUAGUACUUAGCGUCGCCGCUUAAACCGUCGAAUGUGUUAGCCUUUUUUAAGCAGGGUACAGACAUAUGGCCAACUCUGGCCAUAGCAAAUGGGCUCGAGAGAUUGCCAACUCGCACGAGUAGGUAUAACUAUAAACAUGAGAAAUACCUAAGGUAAUAUCUACAUAUUAGUAACAUUAUAUAUCUCUCUCUCUCUCUCUCUUCCUGCAUCUCUUUUCUCCUUCUUACUUAUGUAAAGCAUACGCUUCACACAGCAACUAUACAGUUAGAUCAACAUUAGCGCCUUUGAAGCAACAGAGAAGGAGACAUAGUUGCCAAUUGGCGGCGAGACGAGCCGAGUGUACUUAACAUAUCGGCGCCUGCCUCUAUUCACCUGAAUAGCCAUAUGUCUGUACAGGGCUUAAGGGCUCAAGCAUAGUUUUAUUUUGUUAUCAGUAAAUCAAGCAUAAUUGAUUUUGGACAACCCUAGUCGCUAGUUAACUAUUACACGCUAUCAAACGUUCAGCUAUAUAAUAGGUACGACAGAAAUUAACCGUACACAACACUACAAAACGCACAACUUAUUUGUGCGAGUUGAAAUGUCCAGCUGUUUUUAUACUUCAUAGAUUCACAUACGACAUCAAGCCACAGCCAAAAAUCAUAUCAACUGCGAGGUAGGCCUCGCAUAUCAAGCUGUGACAGCCAUUGGAACACUCAUUCAAUUGUUAAGGCUAGAGCACACCGGCUGCAUGUUCGUGCGCUAAAAUGUUGGGAGCCGUGCACGCAUACGUCACGCAAGCAGUCUGCCGUCUCUCAUAACGAUCUGUAUAUACAUAGUUAUAAUGCGGCAACCGCCAUAAUUUCUUUUACAAAUGAUUUCAGUUAUUAUAUUAACAGAAUGCAAAAAAUACUAUCGUAUGAAACAUUAAGUUAUUUAUAUUACUCUGUUAAAGUUUGUUAAUCAUAUGAAAUCAAAAAAUACAUUUUCCUGUAUAAAGUUUUAAUCGAGUUCAUUCGAUAGACGGCAUUUUUAUUUUAUCUUGAAUUUUAAUUAGAUAGCAGUUAUGAGAUGUAUUUAUUCCGAUAGGUUUGGACGCGUUGAGAAUAAUAUUCUGGUAGUCGGAGUAACGUCAUCGAUUUUUGAUAUUUAAUUGCAACGCAAGUAAGUAUAACGGGUUAGCACUGAUUGACUAGCAUGUUAUCUUUUCGAGGAUUAGCAAAGUAAUAUUUUGGUAUUUAUUAUUUAAGAAGCCGGUGUCGAUUUUAGUCGCAAAAAUGUAAAAUUGAUAGAUUUAGUCCGUGAAAUUUUACACCUUUUGUUACCUUAUUAAAAUAACAAGUACUGGUUUCUAUUAGCACGUCUUCUUAUCUUACCUUUUAUCAGAUCAGUUUUUUGAAAACAGACUCACUAAAUUAGUAAUGUUUGCUUUUCUGAUGGACGUUUAGGUAAACGCGCGUAAAGCACUGAUUUUGUCGCUCUUAUUUGUAAAUUUCGUAAAAUUUUGGACUGCUAAACAUGGUAAUUUUGUAUUACACAUAUCCUGUACUUGACGUUUAUCAGACUACAUUUUUAUUAUUAUGACUAGUUAUGAGUAGUGUAAAUGAAAGUUAGACGAAAUCAAUUUUCUCCCGAAAAUACUUCAAAACAAGUGACAAUUUCUCUGAAAAUCGACUUAAUUUCAACGUAAUUUUGAUACUUAACAACAUUUGCUGAAACUAUACUUAUACAUCAAUUUGUAUAAUUUACCACCAUGAUUUUUUGAUGAAUUUUUAAAAACUGCCCCUUCUCUUCAUGCAUUACCGGUGACGCACGCUCGCGACCUCAUUAUUAAAAGGCAAGAUGAGAAGACGUGCUAAUAGAAAUCAAUACUUGUUAUUUAGAUAUUACGUGACAAAACGUGUAUAAUUUCAACGACUUAAUCUAUCAAUUUUACAUUUUUGCUCCAAAAUCGACUACGGCCUCUUAAUUUUGCCCCUUGGAUCUAUGAAUAUAUUACCUACCCUACCUUUUAACUAUAUAAGGGUCAAUUCAUGACUAUCAAAACUCAAUUCUUGCGUUACCCCGACUAUAUAUAAUUGCACUCAAAAGUCAGUAUUUUAUCAUUAAGACUAAUGCCAUUAUUAUUUAAGUAGAUAUAUUUUUAUCUACUGUUCAAAACUAUCACUAAAUUUUAAAAUUACUUCUAGUAUUUAAACAAGAGCACCAAACGACGAAAAAAAGAACCGUCGUUUUCACACAAAUCCUUUUCUAGAAGAUCGCAUUCUUCGCUGCUACAGUCGCAGUCUGAAUGUAACCUUUAAUGUGAUUCUCUCGAUACUGAUCGGGCAAUUCUUCGAAAUUAAUCAAUAAUAGGGAGGCAAAAAUGGAGAACCCCGAACGGCGUCGUGAAAAAAAAUUUGCCUCGGCAAGCUCGGUUCUCCGUACAAACGUAGUUACGCCCUCAUUUUAAAACGACUCGCUAGAUUGCUCUGAAACUUUGUACUUACAACUUACAAUAAGAUAGGUAUAUCUAUGUCUGUAAUUAGUUCAUGUAGCUUCAGAUACCAUAGUAAAAAAUACAGUGAAUUGAAGUUUUUCGGUACAAAACUUGUUUUUGCUCUAUCUCGUUUGUUUUAUAAACUGGAGCUAUAUAAACUAAUUACAGACCUAGAUAACGUAUGCGGAGUGAAAUCUGGACAAAGUUUUGAACAUGUAAAAAUUAAACUGAAAUUAUAUCAAACUGCCAAUUUAAAGUCUGUAUAUCUGUCAAUUAAUCCGGUAAGUUUCAUGGGCAUUGGAUUCUUUCUCUUGAAAUUGUGGUCAAUCUAGAAGAACACCAUCGCGAAACUAUAUAAUUUCUCCAGUACUAUUUCCCUAUGGCCGAAAGCGAAGAUAGUGGAACAUUUUGUGGAAGCGAGUUAGAGGUGACGAUAUGUUAUAAUAUUUUUACAUCCUUUUUCUUUAACAAAUACUACAGGUAUAAAGUCUAGUUUAGGUAAACCUUCCAGCAUUAGCCAGUUUCCUGAGAGAGAUCGAUUAAAUAAAAUGACGGCCCGCCGAGUCACGAAAUCUUACAGAGAGGUCAUGAGAUUAUUCAAAUGUGGCAGUAAAACUGUUUAAAAAUAUCUUGAAGAUAUGGGCAUCGGCACACAUCUAAGAAAAGUUAAGGUCACCGUAUCUAAAAAUAAUAUUAAUAACUUUGAAAAUGUGGGAACGUCAUACCGACCAAAAUGUGUAAAAAAACAGCUGUUUUUGCGUAAUGGGAUUUAUGGGGGACUAAUCAUAUGUCACUUAAAAUGGAAAUUUAUGGUAAGGUAACUAUUAUUUUGAGAACAUCAAUGGUCCAACGGACGAGAAUGUGAAAUAUGUCGCGCGUACGAUGUUUUCUAAAAAAGUUUUCCUAAGGAAGAUAAAAUUUUAACUUACAAAAAUGCCAACAUGCGUGUUUUCGACACCGAUGGCUUUAAAGUAUCACAACUUCCGUUAAACAUCUCGCAUUGGAGUAAACUUUAUCUUGCAUUUAACGUUGUUAAAUACAUGAAAAUUUAUAAAAAUAACCAUGUCGUUUUUUUUUCGUUAUAGCUCAUGUCAUUGUUUAUGCAAAGUUUCGUUACAAAUUACAAUUCAACAUGUAGUCUUAAAAUGAGAACGAAACUCCGUUUGUAUAGGAAGGUGAGAUUCGGCCGCGCUGGCUGCGGACUCCAUCUGCUGCAGCGGGCAGCUGGUGGUUGCAUCCAUUGUGUCACGUUUAUUCUGUUACGUAUCGGCCGCUUCAUUGUUGCUUGCCUGACCCAUAUAAAUUCAUAUGGUUUCGGCGGCGACGCUUGUUAUUUAAAAUAACAAACAGUUUAGGACCGCGCGGGUAGUUAUUGCCUAGGAACUUGUAAUUAAUAAUUAUAUAUUUUGUAUCAGUGGAGUUCGUCAGCUAAUUUAUAAUAUAAUUAAUUGGUAAGAUACGAUUGUUCCAAAUACAUUAUCAUGUAUUAAUUUUAAA